UCACUCUCACUUUUCCAUUGAAUCCUCUUGCUUUCUUAUUUUCUGUUUAUUCCACUUGCUGUUUAUUACCAGCUUAACAUAAUUGUUUCUCUCCUUUAAUUCAGAUUAAUUAAAUUAUAACUAUGUCUCGUGCACUCCAUUGGUGUUUAAAGAUCGGUGAUCGAGUAAAAUCCAUCCAAUUUUAUCGGGAUAUCCUUGGAAUGACAGUACUUCGUCAUGAAGAGUUUGAUGAGGGCUGUAAAGCAACUUGCAAUGGGCCUUACCAGAAUGCAUGGAGUAAAACUAUGAUUGGUUAUGGACCUGAAAGCGGCAAUUUCAUUCUAGAACUGACAUACAACUAUCCAAUUCCUUCAUAUGGUAUUGGUAAUGAUUUAAGGAAGAUUGUUAUUGAAUCAACUACAGCAUUGGAAGGAGUUAAAAAAGAGUUCAACCUUUCUGGAGAUGAAGUGGAUGUUAAAGAUCCUGACGGUUACCCUUUGAUUAUCCGUAAAGGAAAUAAUAGCUUAACACAAGUAUCGAUUUCUGUUAGUAAUUUAUCGCAAUCCAUUGAUUAUUGGUCUGGAUUGCUUGGAUUGAAAGUUUAUUCUCAAUCUUCCAACGAAGCCACUCUUGGUUAUGCUGAUGACCAAUGUAAGCUAAAUUUGGUUCAUGUUGGAGCUCCAAUCGAUCAUGCAACUGGAUGGGGUAGAUUAGCAUUUGGUGUUCCCUCUCCUAGAUUGCUUGAUAAUGAAAUUGUCAAGAAAAGAGGGCUUAAAAUUUUACAUGAUUUGGUAACUCUAUCAACUCCUGGUAAAUCAGAUGUCCAUGUUGUUAUCCUCUUGGAUCCUGAUGAUUAUGAGAUCUGUUUUGUUGGAGCAGAAAACUUUGCUGAGCUCGCCGCAGUUGAUCCUGAAGCCGAUAAAAUAUUGAAUCAGGCUAUGGCAGAUGAAGCUGCUGUUUGGAAGAAAAGAGGAGGCAGAGAUGGUCGAAAGGAGGAAUAGUUUGGCAACUAACAAUUAUAAAUAUCUUUUAUUAAAUUGUAUAUAUUUUUGCAUAAUUCCAAUUACUUUAUUGCUCACCCACUAUUAAUAAGCUUUCAUCUUUCCACCAAUGAUAUUUCAUCUCCAUAAAAAAUCAAUUAUUGGAAAGAAUCGUUGUAAUAAGUUACUCAAGUUAACACCUACAACCACCAUUCGAAAUGUAUUUCAAAGAUAGAUGUAAUUGUUCAGAAACAAUAAAUUUUAUGUUUUUAUUA